AUGUUCGACUUGAUAGCCUCAAUUUUACCUGAAGCACUUAAGCGUAGAGCUAAAUUGACUGGAAGAUUAAGAAAUUGCCCUCCUUCAUCCAAAACAAAGUCAUCAACUGUUUGUUUUUCUUAUACAGGUGGUGGAAGAAACCUAUUGUCUAGUAAUCUAAAUAGGCCACUUCUUGGACGACAGCAUUCUUGGGAUCUGACACUUAUGUGCCUGGAUCUGACACUUAUGUGCCUAGAUCUGACGGUUAUGUGCCUAGAUCUGAUGGUUAUGGGCUUCUGAUGCUGUUGGUAUUUGGUCAAAUGUCAGGAUUGUCUUGUAGAUACAAGGAAGCAAAGUCUCAUGAGAAACUCUUGGUCGGUC